UCCAGCUGCUGGAAAUGAACAUGUCUCGUAGUGAGCGCAAAUUCCGUCACCUCUUGUGCUAUGAGAUGUUUGACCGUCUUGGUAGCCAUAAGUGGGAGGUGCAUAAGGCAGUUUCACAAGGAAGUCAUGGAGGAAAUUGAGAGAGGGAAGCGAGACUGGGCGGAUGGUUUUGAAGACAUAAAACUAAAGUAUUUUGGAGACUCUGGUGAGGGGAUAGGUGUAAUGACAGCUUCUCUACAGUCCAUGUCUCCUGACAUGGCCACUAUGCCAAUGCAGGAAUCACUCCCUCCCCCACCUUCACAUCCUCCACCUCCUCCACCACAGUCUACUACUAUACCUGCCCCAUCACCACAACCUUACCCACCAGCCUCACAAUCAGAUGUUUCUCCCUCAUCAUCACCACCUGCUGUAGCCCAGGAUGGCAUAUCCAACAAUAACCAGUGUGUAGAGCAGAAAACCCUUAAGAACUCACUGGAGGACAAUGCUCAGGGGAACGUAAAAGCCAGUGAACAGAUUACAUCAAAUGAGGCAGUGGUUUGUAAUGGGAAAAGUUCAGAGCAUGACCAGAGCUUGGCAACUGAAACUGUACAACACACUAAUGGAAUUGCAAAAGCUGAGACCACACAGACCACAGCAGAGAGCUCAGGACUAGAUCCAGUGAAAGAUGUUUCACCUGUUACAGUUAAAAUCAUAGAGGAACCUCAUGUUGAUAAACCUCAACGAAGAGAUGAACCUACAGAAGACUCAAUUAAAGUGAUCUAUGAGCUAAAAGAGUUUAGCAAUGAGGAAAUCAUCAGAUACAUUGACCGAAGCUUUGCUUUUUGGAAAGAAAAAGAAGCUGAGCUUUUUGAUAUCUAACAACUAUGGAUUUGGUCAACUAAGAGCCCAGUUCACCUGUACAACCAAAGAGGAAAGAGCAGGAUCAGAGAAACUGGCCUGCAGUGGAGUAUGCUGAGAGAGGAAACUAAUCUGGUGUGUUAGCAUUUAAGGUCA